UCAAUGGCUUAUUCUUCUUAACGGUUCCAACUUGCUAGAUACUUUUAACAUUCUUGAUUCAUUGUUCCACUCCUUUUCUAUUCUAUCUAUUACCUCUUUUCAGCUACUCUUUCUGUUGAUAAAGAUUCAAGCUUUCUUAUCUUUUUUCUCUUCUUUCUUGAUACCACUGUGCAUGGUUGGUCGGACAUGGCUGUUUAUCAGACAAUGCUGUUGUGUUUGUGAGACGGGCGUUGUGCUGUUUCUGUUGAAGGGCUCUUGAAAUUCAGCUCUUGAAGGUUGUGGUGUGAUUGAGAGUGGAGUUUUGGAACGUGAUUUUGGUGAGAGUGGAGUGUGGGGGAGAGUCUCUGUAAUCAGUUCUGUCUGUUGUGUAUGCUUUGUAUAUUCAACAUGAAGCCAUUUUUAGUGUCUUUCUUGGUUCAUGGAUGAGUGACCUCACGUCGAGCGGUUCCACAUAUAUGCAUGGAUCAAAGGGAAAGCAUGCAAUUAACGGGCUCAGCUUCAUAUUAUGUGCAUCCAGGCACGGCGGAGUCUGUGACAGGGUUACAAAAUUCACCUAGCAUGAGUCCGUUAUCUAAUGCUGCUGUACACUUCCAAUCCAAUGCUGGGGGCAGCUUAACUCUACCAACAUUACCUUUGGAUACUUCAUCAGCAAUGUCUGGUCAUGGAGUUAGCAUUGGUCCACCUUCUGCUAUGCAUCAAGGUGAACCUGUGCGUAGAAAACGGGGACGGCCACGUAAGUACGGACAUGAUGGUGCAGCUUCAUUGGGAUUAUCGCCCUCCAUGUCUAGCCCUGCACCCAUAAUAAGACCAACCCAAAAGUGGAGAGGAAGGCCACCAGGAACUGGUCGAAAGCAGCAACUAUCUUCUCUAGGUGGAUCUGUGUUUAAUGGAGCUGGAACAAUGACUCCACAUAUCAUCAACAUCGCAGUUGGGGAAGACAUCAAAAGAAAGAUAUUGUCACUCUUACAAGGCCGAAGAGCCAUAGUUAUCUUAUCAGGCAUUGGUUCCAUCUCAGCUGCAAACAUCAAAAUUUCAAGUUCUAGUGGGAGCGUCACUUAUGAGGGGCACUUUGAUAUGGUAAAUCUAUCUGGCUCUUAUGUCAAUGAUGCUGACGGUCCUCAGGGGCCAAGUGGUGGUCUAAAUGUUACUUUUGCUGGUCCUGAUGGCCGUCUCAUAGGGGGUCCUGUUGAGGGAGUUCUCAUUGCUGCCAGCCCUGUUCAGGUAAUUGUUGGAAGCUUGAUGCCUUGCACUUCAAAGCCGAAAAAUAAGGUGAUCGAAGAUCCGGAAACUCCAGGGGAUCCUGAUCGUACACUUGGCAGUUCAGUAAGUCCUGCUAACAUUCAGCCUAGUCAGAAUCUCACUCCAAUGGGUGCCUGGCCGAGUUCCAGAUGAAUGGGUGUAUAAAUUUUUGAGUCUUGACAUUAACUGAUGGUUGGAUUACAACUUCCAGAAUAGCUGGAUGAAACGACAUCGAUGUUGUUUGUUCAUAAUUGCCAACAGAGAGCACUUUGGCUGAAUGCAUUUGCUUUCUUGCCUUACAUAGGUUGUCCACAUGUAUAUCUGUUUUUAUUAGAAGUUUCAGUUUUCUGCUGCAUGAGUGAUGGUAACUGUAAUUUAUGAUUCUCAUUAGAAACAUUAGCGGAAAACAGGGAUGUCUAUUUCAUUGUAUCAGUUUCAACAGACUUAUGUACUGUAAAUUUCAACUC